CCCCCGGUUCUCUAUAGCGGUAGCGAAACUCAGUGCAGAUCCUGGUAUACAGGGACGUGUGAGAGCUUUGACCGGCGGCCAGGGGCUUAGGAGGCCGGGACAUGCUAAGCAUCUCUCCCCCGGUGGCGAUGGGCAAAAGCCCCGCCGAGGACACCCCUAUGCUCAGUCUCACACACUUUUCCCGUCCUCCGUUUCUGAGCUUCGGAUGUGUCCGAGUCGGUUCGGGCCGGAGCUGUCAGCUACUAGUGCACAACCCAAACCAGGAGCCGGCCUACGUCGUUGUGAAUAAGCUGCCCGAGCAUCGCGGAUUCAGCGUGUCGGAGACCGAGCUCUCGAUACAGCCAUCGGAAAGCAUCACGCUGACCAUAACAUGGACCCCUCUAGAAGAAGGUGGUGUGCGCGAACUAGUUACGUUCAUUGUGAAUGACGUUGUGAAGCACCAGGCUGUGCUGCUGGGGCGAGCUGAACUACCUACUAAGAAAAAAGGAAACCUUCGGAACGCAACGAAAAAGAAAAGCGUUCCCGCGGCACAAAAAGUUCUUGGACCAAGAAAGAAAGAUCUUGGCAUCCAUAAACCAACUUCGAUGGGUCAAAAAAAUGUCUACGGAAAGCCAGAGAGGGCACGGAGCCCUUUGUAUUCUUGUGAGAACCUUCCUUUAAAUAGUGCCUCUCCGUUACGGGACAAACCACAAAGCAGAGAAAACAGAAUGCAGAGUCUCAAUAUAAGUCCGCUUGCUCAAGAUUUCACUCCAGGCUCAUUAAGAAGAUCAAAAACCUAUUCUGUGUUGUGUUCUACAGAGUAUGAGACUUUGGAAGAAGUAACCACAACGUCUAGGAUUCAAACGGAUAUUCGUGUUGAUGAAGAAUGGACUUUCAGCUACCAAGGGCCAAGAAAAAGUUCCGUGUCUCCUAUAACUUCUCAGAUUGGCCAACCGCUCAAUGUUACAUGCACUCCAACCAUUGUAAGGUUGUCUCCAUCAUACUCUGGCCUUUCACCCACUGAAUUCUAUAACCACGAGCAUGUUGAAACUGGUGUUCUAAAACAGUCUCAUCAUCUUGAAGUUACAGAUUCCUUUAAAGAUCCAUCACAAGAGGAUGUUACAGUUACCAGUUGUAGUACGCGUUCUCCAACAACCUUGUAUUUCACACCUCAAAAAAACAUUCUAAGUCCAGAUUCCUUUGUCAAUAAUAGUCACGUUCCUGAUGACCCUUGUGAUGAUCCUUCAAUUCCAAUUCUUUCGCCAGAUCAGUUUGUCAGAGAAAAUUGUGUUACUUUGGUGUCUGAAUCAUCACUAGAGUCAGUACUGACUAAUUCAUGGCAACAAACAAGUGUAGCCUCUUCCAAAGACUCUGUGUCAUCUGUUGCCCAGAAGCAAGUGAAGACGUGGCAGGUGGUAAGCAGACAUGUGGACCUUGACUUUUCCAGCCAUGUUCUGAAGGAACCAGAACUGAUAAGUUCCAGGUUGACCUAUUGUGUAAAAAAGAAGCAAAAAGGUCUCAUUCCAGUGGAUGAAACCUGUAACAACGAGCCAAAAAAGCCACCUGUUCUCUCUGCGACUGUUGUAAAGGCUAAAGCUAAUGAUUGCAAGGACAACUCUAGUAGACCCAAACUUAAGUCCCGUAGGCGUCUUGAAAACAUAGAAUUGGAAAAUGAGAAAAAGACUCCUCCUUGUAUUUUUCAAGAUUUGCCUGUUAUAACUAUUUCCAACCCCCCUGAGAAAACAGAACCCGCUAAAGAGUUUGCUGUCAAGACUAUUUCUGGUCGAAAAAGGAAAAGUGAGGACUUUACUAGAACGUUUGAUGUGAAGGGAUAUUCCACAGAGUCUACUCUAAAUACAUGUACGCCAGUCAAGAAAUCGCAUGUGUCUAAACUUGGCAUGCAACAGGCUGGCAAGCAAGGGAAUGCAAGCCAAAGGAAGAGAGCGGUGACUUUGGCCGUGAAAUCUUCUGCGAAAGUUCAGGAAUCUCUGAAACCUAAAGCCGCUUUGGUAAAAACAGCUAAGACGGAAUUUGCGGGACCACCUACUCUGCCGCAUGCCACAACAUUCAAAAAGUCCAAGCUUGUCGUAGGAGUGGCUCAGUCUCGAUUAAACUUCAUAAAGCCAUCAAAAACAGUUAUUCCGCGGCACCCGAUGCCUUUCGCUGCCAAGAACAUGUUUUACGACGAGCGCUGGAUGGCUAAGCAGGAACGAGGUUUUACCUGGUGGCUGAAUUUCAUACUCACCCCUGAUGACUUUGCCAUGAAUACAAAUUCUGUGAAAGUAAAUGCAGCAGCCUUGAUUCUGGGUGAAGAGAAUAUUCACAAGGCUAGCGUACCAAAAGCUCCUACCAAGGAGGAGGUCUCCCUCAAGGCCUACACAGCCCGUUGCAGGUUAAAUAGGCUUAGGAGGACUGCCUGUCGUCUCUUUACGUCGGAGCCCAUCGUUAGAGCCGUUCGAAGGCUGGAAGUGGAGAUUGAAGCUCGUCGGCUGCUUGUUAGAAAGGACAGACAUUUAUGGAAAGAUAUCGGUGAACGGCAGAAGAUUUUGAACUGGCUUUUGUCCUACACUCCCCUGUGGCUUCGCGUAGGCCUGGAGACCACUUUUGGAGAACUGAUUUCUUUGGAAAGUAACAGUGACAUCACCGGCCUGGCCGUCUUUAUCUUGAAUCGCUUGCUUUGGAAUCCAGAUAUCGCAGCGGAGUACAGGCACCCUUCUGUGCCACAUCUAUAUCGUGAUGGUCAUGAGGAAGCUCUAUCAAAAUUCACACUGAAGAAGUUGUUGCUUUUGGUUUUCUUCCUUGAUCACGCCAAACAGUCGAGGCUCAUUGAUCACGAUCCAUGCUUGUUCUGGAAAGAUGCUGAAUUUAAGGCGAGCAAGGACCUUUUGCUGGCGUUCUCUCGAGAUUUUCUGAGCGGGGAAGGUGAUCUCUCUCGUCACCUCAGUUAUUUAGGUUUACCAGUCAGCCACGUCCAAACACCCCUGGAUGAGUUUGACUUUGCCGUCACUAACCUUGCUGUGGACUUGCAAUGCGGCAUUAGGCUUGUGCGUACAAUGGAACUUCUCACCCAAAACUGGAGUUUAUCUAAAAAGCUGAGGGUUCCUGCGAUUAGCCGCCUGCAGAAGAUGCACAAUGUGGAAGUGGCGUUACACGUUCUGACUGAGAAGGGCAUUGAGAUCAAAGAUGAACGGGGAGUUGCCAUCACCUCCAAAGACAUUGUGGACAGGCACCGCGAGCGUACUCUGGCUCUGCUCUGGAGCAUAGUCUUUACUUUUCAGGUGGAUGUUCUCCUCAGUGUCGAGAUUUUGAAGGAAGAAAUAAGGUUUCUGAAGCGAAGCUACAAUACCCAGAAGAUGCUGGCAGCUCUGCGGUCUUUCACGACGCCAGGGACUGUUAAUAAGAGAGAGAGCGACUCUUUCGUGAAUGAAAACUACAGCGAGCGAGUGCUGCUUCUCAUGGAGUGGGUUAAUGCCACGUGUGCCUUUUACAACGCUAAAGUUGAAAACUUUACAGUGUCCUUUUCGGACGGCCGGGUGUUCUGUUACUUGAUUAACCAUUACCACACCAGCUAUCUGCCGUUAAAUGCCAUAUGCCAGAGAACCACUCAAACCGUGGAGUGUACGGAAACCGGAACAGUGGGGCUUAACUCCUCUUCAGAUUCAGACUCAAUGGAUGGGUGGCCGGGGAUGACGGACCAAGGUAUCACCACUUCAGCUCUAUACAAAGAACUGCUGGAGAAUGAAAGAACCAACUAUAGCCUCAUUCAUUCUGCUGUCUCCAAACUGGGAGGGAUUCCUGCUAUGAUCCAUCACUCCGAUAUGUCCAAUACAAUCCCGGAUGAGAAGGUUGUCAUCGCGUUCCUUUCUUUCCUCUGUGCCCGGCUCUUGGACUUGCGUAAGGAAACGAGAGCAGCCAGAGUAAUUCAGACUGCAUGGAGAAAAUACAAACUGAAAAUAGAAGAGCUGCAUCUAGAGAGGAAACACAAGGCGGCUCGUGUGAUCACGAGAACCAUGGUCAGAUUUCUUGAACGCCGUCGCUUGAAGAAAAUUCUUGCUGCGGUUGUUAUCCAGAAAUAUUGGAGACGACGACUAGCACUCAAGGAGCUUAACAGGUUAAAAGCUCACAGACUGAUGGAAGCUCAGGCUAUAAUCAUCCAGAGGUACUGGAAAGGCUAUUUAGCCAGGAAGAGUUAUAGAGCAGUGAGAUACUAUGUUGUUGUUCUUCAAGCAAGAGCGAGGACCAAAAUUGCUGUUAGUUCCUACAAUAGUGUCCGGUGUGCCGCAGUAACUAUCCAAACAUACUUGCGUUCGUGGCUUCUAAUGAAAACGGAUCGUCAGAAGUAUCUUCAGUUAAGAUCUGCUGCAUUGAUCAUCCAGACUGCUUUCAGGAGAUGGAGAAGGAAGAAGUUAAAAAGAGCAACGGAGGCCGCUGUGCUGCUUCAAAGAGUUUAUAGAAAGUGGCAGGCCCGCAAGCUGAGUGAAAGAAACGCCGCCGUUACUAUUCAAGCAAUGUAUCGCAUGCACAGAGAAAGGCAAAAGUACCUUGACGUUAAGUGUAAAAUAGUACAAAUCCAGUCUUGGUUCAGGUGUAAGCGAACGAUGCGCUCUUUUCUAACCACUCGGAAGCAGGUCCUAACUUUGCAGAGGUACUACAGAGCAUAUAAACAAGGAAGAACCGAACGAGAACGGUAUCUCCUUACACGCUCUGCCGCAAUCUCCAUUCAGAGGUGGUAUCGGAAUCAGAAGAGUAUCAGAAAUGAAACAGAGACAUCUUUGAAGACCGAAAGGGCCGUUAUUUUUCUACAAGCAGCCUACCGUGGCUGGAAAGUCCGAAAACAAAUGCAAAAGCACAGGGAUGCUGCAAUCUGUAUUCAGUCUGCAUUCAAGAGACUUGUCGCUCAGAGAAAGUUUACGGUACAAAAGAAAGCUGCCGUUACCUUACAGAGAUGCUACAGAGCCGUGCUUGCUGGCAGGCGGGAAAGACAAAAAUACCUCCGUCUCUGCAGAGUAGUAAGGAAUAUGCAAGCGCUGUGGAGAUGCAGGGCUCUGAUGAGGAGCCACAGACGGCACCAGGCGGCUGUCCUGAUACAGUCUUUUUACAGAAUGCGUGUGCAAUGCGCCAAGUAUAACGCCAUGAAGCAGGCUUGUACGAUAAUUCAGAGCCGUUACAGAGCAUACAAAGAGGGAACGUCUCAGCGUUCACGUUAUCUGUCAAUGAAAACCGCCUGCACCGUUCUGCAAGCUGCUUAUCGAGGAUGGAAAGUAAGGAAAGACGUUUCAAGUCUCCAUAGAGCUGCCUGUAUCAUUCAGGCCUCCUAUCGCACCUACAGGCUAUGGACUCGGUAUGUGGCAAUGAGGACUGCCGCGGUCACCAUACAGAGGCGCUACCGUACGGUUACCCUGGGGAGACUCCAAAACACGAAGUAUCUACUUUUAAAGAGAGCCACUAUUACGGUGCAGUCUUAUUACCGGGGUAUGAUAGUUAGGCGGAAAAUAGUAGAGAUGCGCAGAUCUGCAGUGACGAUCCAAUCCUUGUUCAGAAUGCACAGGAUGCGCGUGGAAUAUCAGGAAACGCGACUUGCCGCUAUCAGCAUUCAGCGGCGUUGUAGAGCUCUAUGGACCGGAAGAGAGGUAAGGAAAAAUUACCUCCGGCUGAGAAAAGCUGCUUGUGUUCUGCAAGCAGCAUGGAGAGGCAGGAAAGUCAGGGAACACGUUAAAGGCAUGCAUAAAGCUGCAGUCUUGAUACAGUCUUGGUAUCGAAUGCUCACCCAACGGCGUUACUAUAAAGCUCUAAAGAAGGCGACCGAAGCCAUGCAGCAGCUUCACCGUGCUUCUAAAGAAAGGACUUUCCAAGCAAACCAAUACAGGCGCAUCAGAGAUGCUGCGAUACGCAUUCAGGCCGCCUUCCGCGGGAUGAAAGCAAGACGAGACAUUCAAGGCAAGCAUGAGGCAGCUGCCUUAAUUCAAAGAGUAUAUAAGGGCUACUUGGAAAGACACAGAUACCUCGUUCUUAGGAGUUCAGUUAUAUUAAUUCAGCAAAGGUACAGGAGAAAGCUGUGUGCAAACCAACAAAGAUUAGACUAUAUAAGCCUUAAGAAAGCAGCUGUUGUUGUGCAAGCUGGGUAUCGUGGCUUGGUCGCCAGACGCGAGAUCAGACACAUGCAUGUUUCUGCUAUGGUUAUCCAAGCUGCCUUCCGUAAGCAUAUUGCUUACGUAUCUUAUCGCAAAAUGAAAUGUGCAUCAGUAACCAUACAGCGAUGGUACAGGACAACUAUGGAUCAAAGAAAGCGGCGUGACGCAGCAGUGAUUAUUCAAGCUGCGUACCGCGGAGCAAGAGACAGGCAGAGACUAAAUAGGAUGAACCAAGCUGCUUCCAAAAUACAGAACUACUUCAGAAUGUCCCGCUGCGUGAAAAGAUAUAAUAAACUGCGUCAGGCCGCCCUGGCGGUUCAACAGAGAUACCGCGCAAAUAAGCUGAGAGACUUCGAGGUCAUGCGCUACGUGUUUAUGAAGGACGCGGCUUUGUGCAUACAGGCUGCUUGUCGAGCUUGGAGAGUACGACGGGAGAUGAAGAGAAUAAACGAGGCAGCCGUUGUGAUCCAGAGACGUUUCCGAGCACUUGUAGAAAGCAAGCGGUAUCGGUCUGUAAAAGCAGCUGCCCUGGUUAUACAGAGAUGGUACAGAGCUACUGUCCUGAUGCGCGAACUCCGUAAAGAUUUCCACGCGUUGCGCAUGGCUGCCAUCUGUAUUCAAGCAACAUAUAGAGGUGUGAAAGUGAGGAACCAUCUUGCAUUGAAGCAUAAAAUGGCUAGGAAAAUCCAGAUUGCUUAUAGAAUUCACAGGGCUCGGGUGUCUUAUCAAGCCAUGCAGUCUGCCGCUGGAACAAUUCAGGCUUGGUACAGAUCCAUUAAAAUAAGUCGAAUCAUGCGCUCUGCAUACGUAGAACUCCGCCACUCAACGAUACUUAUCCAAGCAGCCUAUAGGGGAAGUCUGGUUCGAAAGAGCGUACGGUCUAUGCAUAUGGCUGCAACCACAAUCCAGUCUUACUAUAGAAUGCAUAGUCAGCGAAACAGAUACAAGCAUAUGGUACAGGCUGCAAGAACUAUACAGCAAAGGUUCAGAGAUACCAAAGCCAGAAACUUGGCUCUGCGGCGGUACCAAGAGACCAGAAGGGCCACCCUAUUGUUGCAGGCUGCUUUCCGAGGGAUGAAAGUGAGAAAGGAGAUCCAGAAGGCUCAGCAGUCAGCUGUAGUUAUACAAAGAUGCUUCAGGUCCUACAUUCAGAGACAGAAGUACUUGGCACUUCAGGUUUCUGCGGUUUGCAUUCAACGACGUUACAGAGCUUUGCUUCUCGGCAGAUCUACGCGCCGUGACUUCAUUGCUUGCCGUGAGGCCGCGGUUUGCAUCCAGGCAGCCUACAGAGGCUUUAAGGAAAGAAGGGAACUUGCACGGAUGCACAAAGCUGCCUGCAAGAUCCAGUCUGUGUUUAGGAUGCACAGAAUGUAUGCUAAAUAUCAAACAAUGAAACUGGCAGCUACUUUAAUACAGAGACGUUACAGGAGUCUUCUAAUCGCCCGCUGUCAACGAGCACAGUACCUGCGAAUUCGCAUGGCAGCAAUUGUCGUUCAGGCCGCUUACAGGGGAAUGCAAACACGGAGGAACUUGAGAGAGCUUCAUAAAGCGGCAGUCAAAAUUCAAGCCCGUUAUCGAAUGCAUUCUACCUUCCGGGCUAAGAAGGCUGCCCAAGAGGCUAAAAGAAACUCGGCGGCGCAGGUUCUCCAGGCAGCAUGGAAAAUGCACCGAACUAGGAGAGACUUUGUAAAGGUGAAAGCUGCAGCGCUCCUUAUCCAGGCAGCAUUUAGAGGACAAAAGAGUAGAAGACAACAUGGAGAGAUGCAAGCAGCUGCAUGCCUGAUCCAGCAUUGGUACAGAAGCCGUCGGGUGGCCCGUCUGCAGAGAGCUCGCUAUCUGUCCGUGAGGACCUCUGCUGUGAUAAUUCAGGCGGCUUUCAGGAGGAAACUUGCUCAUCGGCUGCAGCAGAAGGAGACGGCAGCGAGGAAGCUGCAGGCGUUUCUGCGCAUGACAGUGUGUAGGAAAAGGUUCCUGCGGCUCAAGUCUGCCGCCAUCCAGGUGCAGUCCUUCUACAGGAUGCAAAAGUCUAGGCGGGCAUACGUGGCGAAGAAGACGGCGGCCCUCGCUGUGCAGAGGAGGUACAGAGCCCACCUCGCCAUGAAACGUCAGAGAGAGACUUUCGUUAAGAUGCGAAGGAGCGUAGUCUGUAUCCAGUCGGCGGUUAGAGGCUUCCGCGAGAGGCAGAACCUUCAAAGACUGGACCACUGCGCAGUAAAAAUUCAGGCCCUUUGGCGUAGUUAUUCUCAAAGACAACUCUUCUUACGAUAUAAAUCCUCUGCCGUGAUUAUUCAGCAGCGAUAUCGUGCUUGGCGCCUUCAGAAAAUACAGAGGCAAUGUUACCUGAGGCUGAAAUUGGCGGUCACCAACCUACAGACUUUGUAUCGGGGAUAUCAAGCGAGAAGACUCAUACAAAGAGAGAGAGCGGCUCGUGUCAUCCAGGCUGCCUACCGAUGCUACACCAUCCGCCGAGAUUACAUCGUACUGACUAAAGCGGCAAAGACCAUCCAGAGAUGUGUCCGAGCCAAACGCGAGCGCUCUCGCUUUUUGAGAAUCCGAGAGGCCGCUGUUUGCAUUCAGAGGAGGUGGAGGGAGACCGUUGUGGCUAACAAUCUGCGGAAAGCGUUCCUCCAGAAGCAAGCUGCAGCUUUGAGGCUUCAGUCUGCGUUCAGAGGAUAUAUUGUCAGGAGGGAAAUGUUAAAGAAACAGAAGGCGGCGUGCUUUAUACAAGCGGCGUUUAGAGGUAUUAGGGAUCGCCGGAGUUAUCUCAGACUGAAAGCUGCAACGGUGAGAUUACAGACACGUUUCCGAGCCGUCCGUGAGGGAAGACGGGAGAGGGUCCGUUACGUGCAAACAAAGAAAGCCGUUACGAAGCUGCAGGCCUGUGCACGAGGCUGGCUGGUCAGGAGGGAGAUUCUUCGGCUCCGUAGAGAGACGGUUCGCUUGAGAUUCACCUCUGCCGUGUACCUCCAUCUUUGUGCUGUAAAGAUUCAGCGGCGGUUCAGGGUCCAUCUAGCUCUGAAGAAGGCACAAAAACAAAUUAACCACGUGAUCUGCAUUCAGAGAUGGUACCGUAGCAGACAAGAGCGCAAGCACUUCCUUGUCAUCCGUCAGAAGGUGAUCACGGUGCAACGCGCUGCACGCGCCUGGUUCAACCGCAGGAAUGAGGCGGCGUGCAAAAUCCAGAGAUGUGUGCGGGAUUACUUUCUCCGGAAGAAACGAAACCGAGUGAUAAACGGCAUUGUCAGAUUCCAGGCUCUGUGGAGGGGAUACACCUGGAGAAAGACCCACAACACGAAAGCAUUAAAUGCCCUGCGAAAUCGUCUGCAGAAAGUAAACCAGGAGAUUAAAGAGGAGGAUAAGUUGUACCACAGGACCUCCGUGGCAGUAGAGUAUCUUCUGACCUACAAGCACCUGUCUUUUAUCCUGGCAGCUCUGCAGCAUCUUGAAGUUGCAACAAGGCUGUCCUCUCUUUGCUGUGAGAACAUGGCGCGGAGCGGUGCCGUGAAGGCCAUCUUUAUUCUGAUCCGUAGCUGUAACCGCAGCAUUCCCUGCAUGGAGGUGAUAAGGCUGUCUGUCCAGGUGCUGCUCAAUCUCUCCAAGUAUGAGGGAACCGUGCAGGUUGUUUACGAGGUGGAGAAGUCUGUGGAUAUCCUGCUGGAUUUGAUGCAGAUGUAUAGAGAGAAAGCUGGUGACAAAGUAUCUGAAAAGGGAGGAAGCAUCUUUACCAAGACCUGCUGUCUUCUGGCUAUCUUUGCGCUAAACUCUCAGAGAGCUCAUGAAAUCCGUGCUGCCCCCAAAGCUGUAGACCGUAUCCGCAGCAUCUACAAGCUGACCUGCCGCAAACACAAGAUGGACAACGAGCGGAAUCUCACCAGGCAACGUCUUAGUAACUCGGUCCUCGGCAAUGUGUCCAUUCAAGCAACCCCAAUUCGUACGAGAGUUGUGUCACGGAUUAAACCCGAUUGGGUUCUGAGGAAAGAUAACAUGAGAGAGAUCGUAGAUCCCCUGAAAGCUAUCCGCAUGGUGUUGGACACAUUAGGAAUUGCCGUCUGAACUAGAAACUUAAUAUUUCCAUUUGGAAACGUCUAAACUUUAUUCUUAGCUAGCUUUUUAGUAACUGGAAUGUUUAAAGACUGCACAGUUGAUAAGUUGCUGCGGCUGUACUCAAUGUAUUAUAACUAAGGGAGGGGAAAAAAAAUUUGUAUAUGAUGUGAAUUUUGUUGCAGGCAGGAUUGACAUGUAGCCUUUAAGGCAAAGUUAUUUGUAAAUAGAGCGUAAACAGAUUUUUCUUUAGCCCUUUUUUUCUGAAAUUGUACAAUUAAAGUACAAAUCUAAAUUUUAAAA